UUUUUUUUUAAUAGUUUUGCAGUGAAAAAAGCAUUGGAAAUGGCCUUAAGCGGGACCAUUCUACCUUCUAUAUCUACGUUUGCAAACCCAUGGGAAAAAUGUUGGGAAAACAGGUGGAGAACUGAAAUGGACAAGGCUGUACACUCCAGCUGCUCAAUGGCCGUGCAGAACACGGACACGUACUUUCCAAGAAAAGACGACGAAGAUCUGAGCAAUUUCUUAGAUCUGGAAUUUAUCCUGGCCAACACCACCGGCUCCGACAGCUUGAAUCCCAUGGCUCCUGCUGGAGAAUACCCCAUGAAACUUACUGAACCCAGCUCUCUCUACCAGACUGGCAACCCCGUGGGGUCCUACAGCGGACCCGAGCAGAGCAGCGCCCCGCCACCCUACAGCACUAGCCUUAUGGAAGAGCUGCUGAGGUCUGAGGUGGACAACAGCUACUGUCUCGCCAAUAACGUCCACGGGAGAUUCCUAGUGGCUUCAACGAACUCUUUUGCAAACCAGGACUUUGUUGACAACAUCAAGGUUGAGCCAAGCAUGGAUGGUUACGGACCGAUCAUGGGCAUGGUGCCUCAGACCGGCGUUAAAAUUAAACAGGAGGGGAAUUCAUCGUGCAUGAUGGCUUUCGAGCAGCCCAGGGUAGCCAGCUCCCCCCAGACAACGGGCAACAUGACCCCGCCUCUGAGCCCCGAUGACCUGAUGAACACAGACUGCCAGCCUCAGAUGUGCCACUCCAUGACAUUCCAGCAGGGAUACCACUCUGCCCAAAACUUCCCCCCUCCUCCGCCUGGCAUGCCGCUCCAGUAUCACACAGCGCACCAGUUCAGCAUGUACGAGGAUGGGCUCAGCCUCCAGCCGUCGGCGCAGAGAGUUCUGCUGACCCCGCCGUCAUCCCCACUCGAACUCCUGGACUCCAAACCAAAGAGAGGUCGCAGGUCCUGGCCCAGGAAACGAACCGCGAGUCACACCUGCACCUACGCCGGCUGUGGGAAAACUUACACUAAGAGCUCUCACUUGAAAGCGCAUCACAGAACGCACACAGGUGAGAAGCCCUAUCACUGCAGCUGGGAAGGUUGUGGCUGGAAAUUCGCCCGUUCUGAUGAACUGACCCGACAUUUCCGUAAACACACUGGCCACCGUCCCUUCCAGUGCCACCUGUGCGAGCGUGCCUUCUCCAGGUCGGACCACCUUGCCCUGCACAUGAAACGACACAUGUAAACUGAGCAUGCAAUUCUGGACUGGACUGGACUUUUUAUACUCAUUGCUAUUUAAUUAAAUAUAUA